GUCAGGGCGUUGCGUCACCUUGGCCUCCGCGCCGCGGCGUGCACGCCGCCUUCGUCCUCGCUGCCGGCCGGUGGGCUGCGCAGUGCGCCGGGCUCUUCAGCUCCGUGAUCUUGCAGGUGCGCUGGGCCUGCCCGCGGGCUCCCUCAGCAACAAAAUGGUCCAACAAGUUCCAGAAACCAUCAAUUUUCCUGCCAGAAACCAUCAAUUUUCCUGAGAAGAAGAGAAAAUCUUGCAGUUUUGGUCCAAAUUUAAUUGUUUUCAGGAAUGCUUAAAGCAAUCAAAACAUCGGCCAAAAUUUACCUUCUACGAUGGGCCUCCUUUUGCUACUGGACUGCCUCACUAUGGACAUAUACUGGCAGGGACAAUUAAAGAUAUCGUGACAAGAUAUGCUCACCAGAGUGGCUUUCAUGUUGACAGAAGAUUUGGAUGGGAUUGUCAUGGUUUACCUGUGGAAUAUGAAAUCGAUAAGACACUAGGAAUCAAAGGACCAGAAGAUGUGGCCAAAAUGGGGAUUGCAGAGUAUAACAAUCAGUGCCGAGCAAUUGUGAUGAGAUAUUCUACUGAGUGGAAGUCUACUGUUAACAGACUUGGACGAUGGAUUGACUUUGACAAUGACUACAAAACUCUCUACCCACAGUUCAUGGAAUCUGUCUGGUGGGUCUUCAAACAACUCUAUGAUAAAGGCCUUGUUUAUAGAGGCGUGAAAGUCAUGCCCUUCUCAACCUCAUGCAACACUCCACUGUCCAACUUCGAAUCACACCAGAAUUACAAGGAUGUUCAAGAUCCUUCAGUAUUUGUCAUUUUCCCUUUGGAGGAGGAUGAAAAUAUAUCUUUAGUUGCUUGGACAACCACUCCCUGGACUCUACCUAGUAACCUUGCUCUCUGUGUUAAUCCAGAUAUGCAAUAUGUGAAGAUUAAAGAUGCUCUCAGAGGAAAAGUACUCAUUUUAAUGGAAGCCAGAUUACCUGCCCUCUACAAGUUGGAGAGUGACUAUGAGAUCCUUGAAAGAUUUCCAGGUACCUAUCUGAAAGGCAAGAAAUACAAGCCCUUGUUUGACUAUUUUGUGAAGCAUAAAGAGAGUGGUGCUUUCACUGUACUGGUCGACAGCUACGUAAAGGAGGAGGAAGGCACGGGAGUCGUACACCAGGCUCCUUACUUUGGUGCUGAUGACUAUCGGGUAUGUAUGGACUUCAACAUUAUUCAGAAAGACUCACUUCCCGUCUGCCCUGUGGAUGCUUCCGGCUGCUUCACAGCAGAAGUGACACACUUCGUAGGACAGUAUGUGAAGGAUGCUGACAAAAAUAUCAUCAGGAUGUUGAAGGAACAGGGUCGGCUUCUUGCUGCCAGCACUGUCACUCACAGCUACCCUUUUUGCUGGAGGUCGGACACCCCUCUCAUUUACAAAGCAGUGCCCAGCUGGUUCGUGCGAGUGGAGCACAUGGUGGACCUGUUGCUUAAGAACAAUGACCUGUGUUACUGGGUCCCAGAGUUUGUGCGAGAAAAGCGGUUUGGAAAUUGGCUGAAAGAUGCACGGGACUGGGCAAUUUCCAGGAACAGAUACUGGGGCACCCCCAUCCCCCUGUGGGUCAGUGAUGACUUCGAGGAGGUAGUGUGCAUUGGGUCAGUGGCAGAACUUGAAGAACUAUCAGGAGCAAAGGUCACAGAUCUCCACAGAGAGAGCAUUGAUCACCUGACUAUUCCUUCUCGCUGUGGGAAGGGGUCACUACGCCGUGUCUCUGAAGUGUUUGACUGCUGGUUCGAGAGUGGCAGCAUGCCCUAUGCACAGGUGCAUUAUCCAUUCGAAAACAAGAGGGAGUUUGAGGAUGCGUUUCCUGCAGCGUUCAUUGCUGAAGGCAUUGACCAGACCAGAGGAUGGUUUUACACCCUGCUGGUGCUGGCCACAGCUCUCUUCGGACAACCACCUUUCAAGAAUGUGAUUGUGAACGGACUCGUCCUGGCGAGUGAUGGCCAAAAAAUGAGCAAACGGAAAAAGAAUUAUCCAGACCCAGUUUCAGUCAUCCAGAAGUAUGGUGCUGAUGCCCUCAGGUUAUACUUGAUUAACUCCCCUGUGGUGAGAGCAGAAAACCUCCGCUUUAAGGAGGAAGGUGUGCGGGACGUCCUCAAGGAUGUGCUGCUUCCGUGGUAUAACGCUUAUCGCUUCUUCGCCCAGAACGUCCUGAGGCUCCAGAAGGAGGAAGAAGUGGAAUUCCUGUACAACGAAAACACAGUUAGAGAAAGCCCCAACAUUACUGACCGGUGGAUUCUGUCCUUCAUGCAGUCACUCAUUGGGUUUUUUGAGACUGAAAUGGCAGCUUACAGGCUGUAUACUGUGGUGCCACGCCUGGUCAAGUUCGUCGACAUCUUGACCAACUGGUAUGUCAGAAUGAAUCGCAGAAGGUUAAAGGGUGAAAAUGGGGUAGAGGACUGUAUCAUGGCCCUGGAAACCUUGUUCAGUGUCCUGCUCUCCCUGUGCAGACUGAUGGCCCCCUACACACCUUUUCUCACUGAAUUGAUGUACCAGAACCUGAAGAUGUUGAUUGACCCUGUGUCUGUCCAGGAGAAGGACACACUCAGCAUCCACUACCUCAUGCUGCCCCGAGUUCGAGAGGAAUUGAUCGACAAGAAAACUGAGGGUGCGGUGUCUAGAAUGCAGUCUGUGAUUGAACUUGGGCGAGUGAUUCGAGACCGCAAAACUAUUCCAAUAAAGUAUCCUUUGAAAGAAAUUGUGGUUAUCCAUCAAGAUCCAGAAGCUCUUGAAGAUAUCAGGUCUUUGGAGAAGUAUAUAAUUGAGGAAUUAAAUGUUCGAGAAGUUACACUGUCUACAGAUAAAAAUAAGUAUGGCAUCCGGCUAAGGGCAGAGCCUGACCACAUGGUCCUAGGGAAGCGUCUGAAGGGAGCCUUUAAAGCAGUGAUGGCAGCCAUCAAGCAGCUGAGCAGCGCGGAGCUGGAGCAGUUCCAAAAAACUGGGACCAUUAUUGUGGAAGGCCAUGAGCUGCAUGAAGAAGAUAUCCGCCUCUUGUACACCUUUGAUCAGGCCACAGGUGGGAUCGCACAGUUCGAGGCUCAUUCAGAUGCUCAGGCCUUGGUUCUCUUAGAUGUCUCCCCUGACCAGUCCAUGGUGGAUGAAGGAGUGGCACGGGAAGUCAUCAACCGCAUCCAGAAGCUGCGCAAAAAGUGCAGUCUGGUUCCAACUGAUGACAUAACCGUCUAUUAUAAAGCAAAGUCUGAAGAGAAGUACCUGAAUAAUGUUAUCGAAAGCCACACAGAGUUCAUAUUUGCCACCAUAAAAGCUCCUUUGAAACCAUAUCCAGUUCCUAUGUCAGAUAAAAUCCUUAUUCAAGAGAAGACACAGCUGAAGGGGUCGGAACUGGAAAUUACACUCACUAGAGGAUCGACCCUGCCUGGUCCUGCUUGUGCGUAUGUCAACCUGAGCAUCUGUACAAACGGCACUGAGCAAGGUGGAGUGUUGCUUUUAGAAAAUCCAAAAGGCGAUAAUAGGUUGGAUCCUUUAAAGCUGAAGAGUGUUGUUUCUAGCAUUUUUGGUGUGAAAAACACAGAGCUGGCCGUCUUCCAGGGUGACAAAGAAAUACACAACCACACUGACCUACUGAGUCUCAGUGGGAAAACACUGUUUGUGACCACUGGGUCAGCUCCCUCUCAGAUUGACAGCCCUGGGACCCUUCUCUGUCAAUAUGUCAACCUGCAGCUCCUGGACGCAGAGCCUCAAGAGUGUGUGUUGGGGACAGUGGGCACACUUCUGCUGGAAAACCCACUUGGGCAGAAUGGACUCACUCACCAAGGUCUUCUGUAUGAAGCAGCCAAGGUGUUUGGUCUUCGGAGCAGGAAGCUGAAGCUGUUUCUAAAUGAGACGCAAACACAUGAAAUUACAGAAGACAUCCCCAUGAAGACUUUGAACAUGAAAACUGUUUAUGUUUCUGUAUUACCAACAACAGCAGGGUUCUAACACUCAUCACUGUGACUCAGUCUCCCUGAUUUAGACCCACCCCUGAAUACUUACACAUAUACAUACUUGGACACAGUGAAGAUAUUUCCUUCAGGUGCAUUAUAAUAUGCUGAUUUUUAUCUAAAGUUUAAAUAGAACUGAUUGAUUAAGGACUGGAGACCUCAUAGUCAUGUUCACAUUUCACCAUAAACACCUAUCUAGUCAUACUGAGGGGGAAGUUACAGUGUUACCUCAGCAACACAAACUUUUAUUUCUGUACUUGAGUUCUUAAACACAGAAGAUAGAAGCAAUUUAAGUGUACACAUACACACACAUACAUAUAUUACAUCAUUUUAUGGCCUUUUAAAACUUACUUGAGACCUCUUGAAGAAAUGGACAUGUUAUAUAUUUCUCCUACCUGGAUUAUCCUGGGUUGAUGAACUAUUUUAAGUUUCGGUAAAUCAGAACAAUAAACAAACUAUCAAAUGUAAA